AUGGCCUGCUCGAAAUCCCGGCUGGACACGAGCGCCUUUUGCAACUUGCACGCCUGCCAAUAUUCCGGGUGCACCGCGUGCAAACGUGGCCUCGAGUCCGAUAAUGGCAUUCUCGGAGACGCCUGCGAAGAUCACACCUGCCAGGCCCAAGAGUGCCCGAGGUCUCGCCGACUCAAGAGGCCCUACUGCAGCGAGCACUCCUGCCAAUGGUCCGGCCGCCUCCCCUGCAACCAAGCCGUCGAAUCCGGCGCCGCGAUAGCGUGCCGAGACCACGUCUGCCGGUUCGUCGGCGGGUGCACGAGCGUCCGCAAGAUCAAGAGCAACAGCGAGGCCUGCGACGAACAUACUUGCGCCGCGCCCCGGUGCUACCAGGCCGUCGAGGUGAGGGGCAAGUACUGCACCGAGCACACCUGCCUGUGGGAUCCGUGCAGCAAGCGUACCGGCUACGAGGGCAGCCCGUACUGCGAGACGCACAAGUGCGAGAACGAGAGCUGCCCCGCGCCCGUGGCUUCCAAGAUUGACUGGUUUUGCGAGCACCACAAGUGCCGGUACAGCGGCUCCGACUGCCACGGGGCUGGUCCAAAUCGUCAACGGCUCGACGACAAGCACUGCGCCCUCGCCCGCAAACCCGGCAGCCAGUUUUGCCCCGAACAUUGCUGCAACAAGUGCAACGAGCCGAGGGACUCGCCCCAGAGCAAGAGCCCGCAAAAGGAUGCCCGGGGCCUCGACGGCGCGGUGCCGGCAACCAAAUCCAAGUCUAAAUCAGCCCAUUCGCCGGAUAACGCAGAGCUGGGGCUCACGGCUCUCCCUUUGAAAAACUUAGCCCUCGCAGCGCCGCCAGGAGGACAACGAGCGUUGGGGUUGAUCCCUGCUGCCUUCCGCAAAGACCCUAACAAUGCACGCGCGUAUGGCUACGGCUAUCGCGACGCGUGUCUUCACAUGGCCGGACUCAUGUCCAAUGAAAUAUCCAUGAUACGGCCUCUCUCACCGUCCCGACAUCUUGCCGAUAUUGAAGGGCCGAGGUUUACGAAUCUUGACGAGACGAGAGACUAA